GGAGUUGCAGAGGACAAAGCCAUGUUUGCGAGCUCUGCUUCACCGACUUUCUCCUACCCAAGACGCGUUCUUCAAUUAUGGGACCGCACGUGGCUCGAUCGUCGGCAUGAUCUUGAAUGAGUAUUCCGGCAUCCUCAACCUUGCGAGGCAGAGUACUGCAGGCUGUUCGUCACCUCUUGAGAGGCUCUUCACUUCAACGCAUGCUUUCUUUUCGGACAGGGCUGCUCAAAAGUACUCUUCGCCCUCUAACACUAAUUAAACCAUGUCCUAGACUCCCAGUAUGCAACCAGAUACGCACUUACGCACUAUCACGUUUCGAGGAGAGGAGAGCAGGUGUCGGUCGUACGCGACCAAAGAUCACCCCUCGUUCGACACUCAGUGAGAAACAGGGAAUACCGGAAGAUGAUGCCUUUAAGUCUUCUGGAUUUGACAAAUCGUCGGAUGAAUCCAGCCCCCUGUGGGAAGCUAGCCAGCGUCCACCUGUGAAUAACCCUGAAGAGGGAUUGAGGACACUCCUCAUGCAGAAUGACCAGCUGAUCAUAACGAGGCAGAUUGAAAUGAUGAAUAUCUUCAUUGGAUUUGAACAGACGAAUAAAUAUGUCAUCUCAAACGAGAAAGAGGAAGUAUUAGGUUACAUUGCAGAGGAACCAAGAGGAAUACUCUCCGUGUUCUCUCGUCAACUCCUCCGAACACACCGACCAUUCCGUGCUGUUGUCCUGGAUAGGCAGGGCUCUCCUAUUCUCUGGCUACGACGACCGUUCGCCUGGAUAAACUCCCGUAUGUUCGUCCAGCGACUCCAAGAUUAUGAGAACUACACUUCAGAGGGUAACCCUGUCCUCGAUACGUUUGCUGAAGUGCAACAGCGCUGGCAUUUCUGGCGUAGAAAAUACGAUUUGUUCCUCCGGAAACAAGAAACUCACCGUGUCUUAUCCCUAGCUUCGGAUCCCCAACCCGAACCCGAGCUCAAUGAAGAAACCUUUUACCAAUUUGCCAGAAUAGACGAAGGUCUGUGGGCCUGGGAUUUCAGUCUCAAGGACGCAAGGGGUGUAGAGAUCGCUAGUGUGAACAGAACAUUCCGAGGGUUCGGAAGAGAACUUUUCACUGAUACAGGUCGUUACUUCGUACGAUUCACGCCUCAACCCACGUCCCAGUUGGACCCAAGUAUGCAUCCGUCUAUCGUACCAGAUCCGAAGUCAAUGGUUGUUCGGGACCUGACGUUGGACGAGCGUGCUCUCAUAUUAGCCACGGCAGUAAACAUCGACUUUGAUUACUUCUCCCGGCAUUCAGAAGGACACGGCAUAGGCCUCUGGCACUUUACGUCAUUCGGCUCGGAUGCAUAAAGUGGGCGAACGCAGGUUGAGAGUGAUAGAGUCGUCCACUUCAUAUUCGGGGUAUCAAUGUCAAUGGGUCGUAAUACAGAUAACGCCUCCUGAUCUAAUACAUAUGCAAGUAAAGCGAUAAGAAAGCAACACAAUGUGAAGUGCGCUAUGAAGUGUCCGGUAUAUACGUUGUAUGUUACAGUACCACGAUUCUAGUCUCCCGAUUACCAGAAGAGACAACGUUUCUCCGGUGGGGGAUUCAACUGAGGGAACAUAUAGAUGUCAACUUCCUGUAAUCCUCGUCAAGAGAACCACCUGUACGUACCUUGGCCUUGGCGGAACAUUUGAACGCCUUUGCAAACUCCGGGAUGUUGCGUACGGUUCCGUCGACACGGAAUCGAUUAGGCGAAUGAGGAUCUGAGCGUACUCUGGCAACCUGCAAAGGAGUCAUAAAGGACAUCGUCAAUACACCUGCAUAGUUCAGAUUAUAAAGAGGAAGACAUAUGUACAGCAGAUGCGGGUUUAAUGUUCUGUGCCCACUGGUUUCCAAAUGCGAUGAAAAACAGUUGUUCCC